GAGCCACCUGUGCCAUCAAGAUCAAGAUCGCCGCCAUCAUUAUCAUCAUCAGGUCCGCCAUUGUUAGUGUUAUGGUGGUCAGCUGAUCAGGCCUGUCACGCAUUUCUCUCAGUAUUUCCCUUGCGUCAGAAUGUCCACGAUGGUCAACAAAUAUGAUGCACUGAAGAAUAAUGAGGAGUCUGGAGAAGAGGACAAUGGUGGCAGGGAUCUGAAGGAGAUGGAAAAGCCUUUGCCUCCAGUGGAAGUGAAGCCUGGAGACCAUCGCCUACAGUUCACCUACAACAUUUGGUUCAGCCGGAGAGCACCGGGCAAACAGGCAACCACACAGAACUAUGACCAGAACCUCAAGUUAAUUGGCAGAUUUGCCUCGGUGGAGCAGUUUUGGGCUUACUACAGUCGUUUGGUACGGCCGGCAGACCUCAACUCACACUCGGACAUACACAUCUUCAAGGACGGCAUCAAGCCCAUGUGGGAGGAUGCAGCCAACAAGAAUGGUGGGAAGUGGAUAGUGCGGCUGAGGAAGGGUCUGGCCUCCCGGUGCUGGGAGAACAUGAUCCUGGCCAUGCUGGGGGAACAGUUCAUGGUUGGGGAUGAGAUUUGUGGUGCUGUCAUCUCUGUACGUUUUCAGGAGGACAUCAUCUCAGUGUGGAACCGGACAGCGCAGGACACAGCCACCACCACUCGCAUCCGGGACACACUCAAGCGUGUGCUCAACCUGCCACCCAACACCGUCAUGGAAUACAAGACUCACAACGACUCACUCAAGCACACCCACCACUCCACCAGCAGCUUCCUCCGCAAACCUGGCCCCCUCCACUGAUGUCUCCAUCCCCCCAACCUUCCCCAUUUGCCUGGAAGUGAGGAGGAGGAGAAGGAGGAAGGAAGGGAAGUCUGUUCGGGGAAGGAUGGGAGUGGCGGGUUAUACUGGAAAUCAGGCGAGGCACCGGCUAUUCACUGUUUGGCUGUGUGAGUGAGGUGUUCUAAAUAACUAUGUGUUUGUAUGUCUCUUUAUAUCUUGUGUCUCAUGCUCACAUAUCAUCCUUCUGAAGAACCUCACUGUACUGUGAGCAAGAGUUUUUUGGAUGUACAGUACAAGUAUACUUAUUGGAGGGUGGUGGUGAGAGGAAAAGUGGCAGAAGUACUUUGUGUCGCACACUGUCCUCCACUCACACACACUGAAGAAGACAGAAACCAGUGUUUCAGGAGUAAAGUACUUCUUCAUCCCAUGUUCCCUCUCAGCUUCCACUCACUGGUCUUACAUACUACUACAGUAUACUAAUGAUGGCUUGUCUUGAGAGGUGUGACACACUGCACUCCUCUCCAGUGUGGCAGGUGGAAGUGUUAGUGGUGGUGGUAAUAAUGAUUGGUGAUGAUGAUUGACUAAGAAAUGGUCCCUCACAAAUGGAUUAUGUUCAUUGUAUUAUAGUGUAGGAAAGAAUAACUUAAUAAAUUACUAUCUAUCUCUCAGGUCAAUUGAAAUUUGUCUAAAGUCCUCAGAUGAACAGAUCUCCUUUGAGAAAGGUAUCACAAGAAAGGGAGUGUCAGGACCAAGCUUACAGAGUGAUUACCUAGACUGCUCAUGUGUGACCAUGUAUGUGUUGUGAUGAAUAGUGAUGAUCAAGAUAUAGAUGUCCAUUCUUAUGUUUACUGUGUGUGUGUGUGUGUGUGUGUGUGUGUGUGUGUGUGUGUGUGUGUGUGUGUGUUUUCUACCAUAAAUAACUGGACUGCACAAGCACUGAAUUCUUAAAUGGAUAAUCUGUGUCAGUAGUCUGAGUGCAAUUGUUUGGCUCAUGGUUGUCUUGGAGUUGUUUAUUGAAAGCCAUUGAGAAUAGCAGUUCCUGUCAGACAUUAUAUGAGUAGUUCAGGGAAAGCAAAGAGCAGUAGAUAUCAGUCAUAUCAACUGAUACUUACUCCUCUUUGUCAAGACAAAUUCCCUCUCCUGAUGACAAAUUGUUUAUCCUAGUUUUGUUACCUGAAUUCCUUUCUCAUGGUGAUGUCUGGCAGGAAUCAGUUCCUGAUGGUUCAAGGCAACAAGGAUGCCUCUUGUGGUCCUUGGAAGAGACUUUUUCCUUCAUGCCAUGUGUAGAAGGUCAAGUAUUUUUACAUUCUACAUCUGAUUGGACUGAAUGAGAAGGAACAUUUGAACCACUCAUCAUACUUAACUACUUGAUGAGUUGGUUGAAUGUGAUGAUUGCUUUAAAGUAAAAUGCCACAGCGAUUGUUGGUGCUGCCUUUUCUUUUUCACUGUGAAAACUGUCUGCUGCAGUGGAAUGCAUAACAAGAAUAAGAUUCUGUAAUUAGUUGGAUAUUGGCAGGUGUGGCAUGAGGCAGAAGUUGAUGUGAAAGCUGGCCACAAGAGACUGUCUCUGGGGAUUGAAUCCCUGAUGCCACACUCAAAGUAAACAUGUGAGUGCAACUUGUUAUCACUUAGGCCACAAGUGAUCACCGAGGCUCGUGUGGAUUUUGGUUAGCCUUGGCCAUACUGUCACUACAGUGAGUUGUCUCACUCACUGUUGAACACUGGUUGGUGAAUACGAGAUAGAUGGAUUUCUGUGAAUGAGUUGCAAUACCUAUGGUGUUUGGGCACCCCUGAGGUGUUUAGUGGCACUGGAGGAAUCCAUGGUAGCCUCCUCAUGGUGGGCCUGGAUGUGGGUAGCCAUGGUGUGAUGUGACAGCUGGUGUGCUAAUGGCUGGCUUUGGUUCUGUGACAUAGAGAUGUCUCAUCCCAACUGGCCAUUGAACACCAGUUGUUGCCAGCUUAAUCAUGGCAUAAAUCCCUGUAAUCAGUGCUUGCUGUGGUCACAGUUAGUCCAUGUGUUUCUCAGCUGCCAGCUAUAGGUUUUGGCAUCUGCCCACCAGAACUUUGUCACAGUUGCCCUGUGAGGGAUAUGUGGCAUCAAGGUAUUGAUUGAUUGAUGAAUACUUACGUCUCUCUACUGGAGUGACUUGAAUGUCGUAACUUUUCACUGUACAUAUGAACAUUGAUUUUCACAUUGUUGUAUGUAUUAUCAUCGUAAUUUAUUAAAUAUUCACUUGAGGAUGAAAGUGUUGCGAGUCUCAGAUUUUCUCUUCUCCAAUGAAUCACUGUUUUGUUCUCUUGCCAUCCAAACAACCUGGUUGAACUUUGUUUUGAAUGAUGAAGUACUUUGUGUUAGUUAGUGCCUCUGAGUACCUGAGGGGCAAAGGAUGGAUUCCUUCACUGCCAAGGUAACCACGAGGGAUUGUGUGCAAGAUCAGGUGCAGUAAUGUUCUGCCACAGUCCAGACAUUCCAGACUUUUACUUCAAAAAGGAUACAUGUAAGUUACUGGUUUUGAAAGCCAGAAUCUACCCAUUUAUAGGAGUUUGUGAGGGACCAGUGUACUAAUUUUUCUUGUGGCUCUCAGUACUGAACACUAACAAGGAGUUAUUGAUACCAACCAGAUAGAUUUGUGUCAUCAGCAAACCUGUGUUUCAGUGGCAAUAUAAAUUUGUUGUCUUUAUGUCCUUUGAGGAUACAAAGGAUGUAGACCAGUGCUUCAUAUCAUAGGGUUCUCUCUUUGGCCUUUAUAUGAAAAUAGGGAGUGUUUAAUAGACAAAUAAAUAUUGAAUAAUGU